GGCGCAGUGCAGAUAAGAUUUGGCUACUGCGGCGGUGUUGUAUAUAUAAUAUAAUAAUAUUAUAUAUAUGCAUGCAAACUGUUGCGCCAACGCGUGUCACCGCUCUCAUGAAUUGAGUGCAUCAAUAUACAUGAUGAAAUCAGUAGUUUUUUGGUUAGGUGUGAGAAUCGAUUUUGAAUGCGUGGGAGGAGGAUGGAGAAGCAGGAGAUUAGCGAUGAUGAUGAUUGGCGUAUUGAAGAAUAUGAAGGGGAGAAGCAAGAGGAUUGGAAUUGGAUGAUGGAUGCAGCGAAGAAAGUGGUAAUGGCGGGUAUUGUGAUCUCAUCGGCUCCGCUGCUGCUUCCUCCCUUCCUCGUUGUCUCCGCCCUCGGUUUCGCUCUCUCGCUGCCCUCCGGCGUCGUUUUGGCCUCCUACGCCUGCACUCGCAAGCUCAUGACCAAAUUGCUGCCGCCGCCGCAGCCGCUGUUGCUUCCUUACCACGACGAAGAAGAAGAAGAAGAAGAAGAAGAAGAGAUUUGUUAUCCACCUAAUUACAAUGGCGAUGAUGUAGAAGUUGGUAGAGAGAGAGAAUUAGAAGAGGAGAGAGAGAUGAGCAGCAGCUCCUCUUCCUCUGAGGAUGAAAAUGUGAUUGAUGUGAAAGAGAUCCAGAUCUCAUCAGACCUAGUAUUGAAGAAUGAUGAUGAUGACGGCAAAAAUGCUGCAGGAGGAGUUGCAGAAGAUGAGCCCAAGGAGGGUGAUCAGUUGAAGGAGGAGAAAGUUGUAUUGUCUGUUUCUCUAGUUGCAGAAGAUGAGCCCAAGGAGGGUGAUCAGUUGAAGGAGGAGUUGAAAGAGGAGAAAGAAGGCAGCCAUGGAGUGAAUGGAGGCUUGCAUUCUCAUGAGGAAUUGAUCAGUGAAGAGAAGAUUUGGGAGAAGAUAGAUGCAAUAAGAGUGAUAGUAGGGUUCAAGGCUCCAAGGCGGUCCACCUACUUGGAAGAGCUCAAGGCUUUAUAUUUAUUCACAGGCAUAGAUCCACCAACAUCCCAAGAUCAAUCCCAUCUUACCUUCCUCAUGUCUGUAAUUGGAUUGAAAUGAAAUGAAAUUACUUCUGUUUUGUGUCUAA